AACCCCAAUUAUCGGUGCACGUCAGCUGUUGGCUUGUUUGUAAAUAUCACGUGGCGACACAAUCCAAACUCCCAAGACAAAUAUACUAGGACUUUUGAGUGAUCAAAAUGAACCUCUUCUCGUUGCCGAGCCCCAAAUAUAGCCUAGUCAAACUCCCUUCACGAGUUUACGGGUUGACAAAGUGGGACCCGAAUGCUUUUAAUGUCUCGCUUCAGGUUCCUUACAUCACCCUUCAACCGCAGAUGAUCAGCGCCGUGGCUAAAGUGCUGAAACGCUAUACCCUCAAACUACCCCACAUAUGUUGUAUCCGACCAGCUACAGACCCUCCCAAGAGAGAGCUCUUGCUUCAUCCGGAUUAUAUUCAAACAUUCGACGACUUUGAUGCCAACCAUCAGGAGAUGCUGAGGAAAAAUUGUCAGAUUGACUCGGUUCAAUCUUGCAAUCUGGAGCUGACUCUGAAGAAUUGGCGACCCCUGGACUUGCUCAAGGCGGUUACCGAAGAUGUUGACAAAAACAUCCCAUGUCUUUCGUCCUACUCCGUGAUUGGGCACAUCAUACACGUUAACUUGAAGCAGCAUCAUCUGCCCAAGAAAGAAAUCAUUGGACAUAUUCUACUGAAUUCAGUCUCGCCUCAAAUCCGGACCGUGAUCAACAAGAAUACUGGUAUUGAUAAUAAGUUCAGGAAUUUUCAGCACGAGAUCUUGGCCGGGGAAGAUGAUUUCAUGGUCACGGUCAAGGAGAGUGGGUGUCAGUUCCAGAUGGAUUUUUCUCAAGUGUAUUGGAAUCCUCGUCUCUCCACAGAACACGAGCGCAUCAUCGAUAAGCUUCAUAAGGGGGAUACAUUGUUUGAUUGCUUCGCGGGGGUUGGACCAUUUGCUGUGCCUACUGGGAAAAAGGGGAUCCAGGUGUGGGCCAAUGAUCUUAAUCCGGAAUCUUACAAGUGGUUGGUGAAUAAUGUGAAAUUGAACAAAGUGGCAGAGCGUGUGCAGUGUUUUAAUAUGGAUGGAAGGGACUUUAUUCGUCAAAAAUUACCCAAAGUUAUAGCAAAUAAGGGGCCGGAGGGCAAGAUUUACGUCACUAUGAACCUGCCAGCCUUGGCUAUAGAAUUUUUAGAUGCUUUUCGAGAAGCUUUUGAGUCGAUUCAAUCGAAUGAAACUAUUUAUAUUGAAGUUUAUUCUUUUUCGGAGGCAACAGAUCAAGAAAAAGAUGUCAUGUCUCGUUGCCUCGUGGCCCUUGGUUUGGAGGAUGCCCAAGAUGAACUAAAGCCUCCAAUGAAAACCUCGUUUGUACGGAAUGUAGCUCCCAAGAAGGACAUGUUUCGCAUAUCGUUUCCCUUGUCUAAAAGCUGUUUCGAAAGCACAUCGGCCAAAAGGCUAAAAACUUGCCAAGAAAGCUGAUACUCCGAUGAAAUAUAUCAUGUCCUUACUAAA